ACCUGCAUUGACAGCUUCAUUUGCACUUUUGAACCUUGUCCCUGGACCUGAAGGUGGAAAUUUAUGGCGGCAAGUAGGAAGAGUAUAUGGUCGAAGCGUUAGACUCCACACUAUAGUCUGGCCUGGUGGACGCCUCGUUGCCCACGGACAGUCAGCUGGAGCACGUACCAUAUUCCGCAUCGUCACGGCCUUAGCACCCCCCUUUGUUAUGGAAGGCGAGCUGGAUGAAGAUGGACAAUGUCUCAGAGGGCUUCCGUGUCAUAGACCCCAAACGUCGGACAGAGAUAAUCUAACCCUUGCUUUCAAUGAGUUAGAAAGAGAAGGAGACCAAGAAGAAGUAAAUGAUUUUUUCUUCCCAACUCCCGAGCCAACAACAUUUUCAAGAAUGGCAACACACUGUUGUUACGGACUAGCUAUGGAUCUCUUAGAAAACAUUGCACAAGAACUUGAGUUUGAUUUUCAUUUGUACAUAGUUGAAGAUGGUCUUUAUGGAUCGAGAAAAUUAGUCAAACCAUUUCGAAAGCUAAGUGAAUAUCAAAGCGUUGCGAACGAGUUUUUAAUGAGUCAACAGAUAGAUCAGACUUAUCGCUCACAAUAUCGUAACGGGAAAUUGAGUGACGAAGAGAACGAGAAAUUGUAUGAAAAAUUAUAUCUAAAUAGCGAAGCAGAUGAAGACACUGAGAAAUGGAAUGGAGUUAUUGGCGAUUUAGUUUCUGGAGCUGCUCAUAUGUCUUUUGCUGCUCUGAGUGUUUCAGCUGCCAGAGCGGAAGUGGUCGAGUUUAGUCAGCCAUAUUUCUUUAGUGGCGUUUCAAUACUAGCUGCCCCAAACCAAAAGCCUGAUAUCCCGCUACUUGCAUUUUUAUUACCGUUUUCACCAGAGCUAUGGAUAGCAAUAUUUACUUCGCUCAAUGUGACAGCAAUAGCUGUAGCUAUAUACGAGUGGUUGUCGCCUUUUGGUUUGAACCCUUGGGGAAGACAGAGGUCGAAGAACUUCAGCAUCGCAAGUGCCCUGUGGGUGAUGUGGGGACUACUAUGUGGCCACUUAGUUGCCUUCAAAGCGCCCAAGAGCUGGCCUAACAAGUUUCUAAUAAACGUGUGGGGUGGCUUUUCUGUGAUAUUUGUCGCCAGUUACACUGCCAAUAUUGCCGCCCUUAUAGCUGGAUUGUUUUUUCACAAUGCAGUUGAUGAUUAUCAAGGUAGAAGUAAUUGGCUAUCCCAGCGAGUGGGAACAGCGAGGUCAUCAAUAGCGGAGUACUACGUGCAAAGGAAUAAUCCGCAGCUAGCACAGCAUAUGCGCCGUCACGCCUUACAGGAUAUUGAAGAGGGUAUUCAGAGGUUGAGGUAA